AUGGUUGGUCUUUGUGUCGGUACCAUUAGGAUUGUUCGCCUGCUGGGAUGGAUCGCAUUGCUGCUAAAUCACGUACUACCGGCAGCAUCUGUCGACUGCAGCACGGACUCGGGGAACGUGGAAAACAGGCUGAAAAACUCACUCCUCUGCAAUGGCUACCGUGUGGAUGCGCGCCCGAGAAAGGAUCACACGCAAAUGGUCAAUUUGAGCGUGACCUACCACGUGCUAACCUACGAAUUUAGCGAGGACGAUGAUCUGCUGGAGCUGGGCGUAUGGAUGGAUCUGCGAUGGACGGACGAUUUUCUGCGCUGGAACAGCUCCGAAUGGGAAGGAAUCGAUCGACUGGCGAUCAACUCGUACGAAAUGUGGCUUCCGGACUUUCGGCACUUUUCUUCGUACUACAAUCCCGAGGAACUGCAAGACUGCGUCAACCCCAAGUGCUCUGUGGCGAUGAAUGGGUCCGUGUUUUGUUUGCCGGUGUGCAGUCUGAACGCCAAGUGUGAUGCUGAUUAUUCCCGGUGGCCUUUUGAUGUGCACAAAUGCGAAAUGUGGUACGGAGCGUGGGCGAAUUCGAUGGAUGAGGUGGACAUGCACCUGAAAGAUGUUUGUCUGGGCAAGAACACUGAGUUUACCAGCCCAAAAUGGAGCAUUGUAUCGCUGGAGAAACGACGCAGCGUCGUUUUCUCAACCGACAGCUACAAGUACCCCGUGCUGAAUGUCGAAUUGAUACUCAUAAGGAAAGCCAGUUUCGAGCAAGUAGCGAUCAUCGGACCAAUACUGGUGCUCGCACUGCUCAACGUGUACACCGUUUGGUUGCGAUCUAACAGCUUCGAGCGGAAGGUGAUGCUGGGUAUUUCAAUUUCCUGCCACUUUGCUACCUUAAAACAACUGGAAUGGACCCUGCCUUAUAAUCGAGACACGCUUCCGGACUGUAUGAUCUUCAUGCUUAGCUCGACGAUCUUGGGCGUGGUGUUGCUGAUUCAAACGUUGCUCAGCUGCUGGAUUCGAACGCAGCUCAAUCUCCAAUCGACGACGGGAUCGUUCAUCGAUCGAUGGACAGCUCCCUGUUCGCAGAGCCGAGUAGCGGAAUUAAUCCUUUCAGCGGACUAUCUGGAGCUGAAUCACAAGGUGAUCCCGGAUGAAAACAAAAACAGCUGGGAAAGGUUGGCAAAGUUGUUUGAUCGUGCUGUGGCCAUCUCUUGCGUGAUUAUUUACGUUGUGCUCUUCCCGUUCUUCAUUCCAUUCGAGCACCGGUUGGACGAGAGCCAGGGUGUGAAAUGUGUCAUUGCGGCAUAGUUUUAGGUGCCAGAUUUUCUAAAUCAGCCACGCCGUUUGCUUCAUUACAAUUGACAAAUUUUUUAUUUCUUCGGUUCUUUGUAGUGUUCAAGCGUUUUGGGAAACUAUACCUUAGUA